ACACAGUCUUACGGGAAACGCUCUUCCACCAGGAUGGAUGACACAUCGGGAGAAACAAAUUUCUACUCCAAUGCUGAGGGCUACUGGAAGGAGGUUCCGCCCACGGUGGACGGCAUGCUAGGAGGCUAUGGAAACAUCUCUGGCAUCGAUAUAAACGGUUCCAAGGCUUUCCUUCGCAAAUUUCUCGGAGAAGGCGAAGGAAAGACAAGCGCAGGCAUCGCCCUGGACUGCGGCGCAGGCAUCGGGAGGAUCUCCAAGCGACUUCUGCUUCCUCUUUUCAAGACCGUGGACCUUGUGGACGUGACACAGGAAUUCCUGGAUAAAGCUAAGACGUACCUGGGAGAGGAAGGCAAGAGAGUGGGCAACUACUUUUGUAGUGGCCUGCAGGACUUUGUACCGGAGAGUGGGCGUUAUGAUGUCAUCUGGAUCCAGUGGGUGAUCGGCCACCUGACCGACAACCACCUGGUGGAGUUUUUGCGCCGCUGCCAGAAAGCGUUGCAGCCCAACGGCCUCAUCGUCAUCAAAGACAAUGUAUCAUACAAAGGAGUAGUUCCGGAUGAGGUGGACAGCAGUGUGUGUCGAGACCUGAAAAUAGUCCGCAGUCUGGUGAGCAGAGCGGGUCUAAGCAUCGUUUACGAGGAGCAACAAGUGAACUUCCCGAAGGAGAUCUACCAAGUCCACAGUCUGGCACUCCGAUAA